CGGCGGCGUGGUGGAAAGCUGCGAUGGCGCCAGCGUGAACGUCCGCGAUUCACAAAGUGUUCAGCAUCGCCUUCAACAACAACGACAAGAGGAAGAGCUGGAGGAACUUCUGUGCUUUUGUGGACCACCGGCCCAGGAAAUGGUGGCCCAAGAAAUGGCACCGGGUUACACGCAUCUCCUCCAUUCGGGUCAGGAGCCGCAGGAAUUCAUCUCGUUGGAAGCGCUUCAGCCACGUGUCCACCAGGAACACAAUGUUCAUGAUGGUCAGGUGGCCUCGAUGACGUCCACUGGUGGCCAAUUAUACCAACAGCGGAGCUACUACAAUCUCUCAGCUGUCCAAGAAAACUCCUGUUCAACGGUCUACUUCGACAUAGGUACGGGCUCGGGGGUGGGGAGAGUAUCGGGCGCCUCGGCGGGGGGCGGCGAAAGUCUCAGCCUGACACCAACCCCCGCCAGAAGCAGCAGCAACAACAAUCCGACCACCGCCAUUACGUGCAGAAGCAUCGCUACCACCAUCGCCACCACCAUCACCACCACCACCGAAGAUACCACCCUGGGGGUCGUAACAGGGGCUGAACCGGAGACACCCCCGACCAUGGUACCCGACCAGGCACCCGCCUCCAGCCAUCACUACCACCGUCAUCAUCACCAUAAUCAUCAUCAUCAUCAUCAUCAUCGUCAUCAUCAUCAACGUAGCGCAUCAACCACACCCAGCCAUGGACUGACUACCACCGAUACCUCCGACGAAUUUGUACCGGCACCUAGAAAGCGGAAGCUGUCUUGCAACGACGGCAGUGAUCUGUUGGACGACACUGGCGACGAUGCCAAAUCUGUUCGCACAAACGAUGAUAAUAAAAAACAGAAUCACAGCGAGAUCGAGAAGAGAAGAAGGGACAAGAUGAACACCUAUAUUACAGAGUUAUCAGCAAUGAUACCGAUGUGUCACGCGAUGUCUCGAAAAUUGGACAAGCUCACUGUCCUCAGAAUGGCUGUGCAACACUUGAAGACGAUUCUCGGAGCUGUCACAUCGUACACGGAGGGUCACUACAAACCGGCAAUCAGCAAACAGGAAAGGCGGCUUCUUAUGUUUCAGGCUGCGGAGGGUUUUGUCUUCGUGGUGGGUUGCGAUCGUGGACGAAUCCUCUACGUGUCCGAGUCUGUUUUGCAGACUCUUAACUAUUCUCAGGGUGACUUGCUGGGUCAGAGUUGGUUCGACAUCCUGCACCCGAAAGACGUCGCUAAGGUCAAGGAACAAUUAUCAUCAUCGGAUCUUAGUCCGCGUGAACGACUGAUAGACGCCAAAACAAUGUUACCAGUGAAAACCGACGUGCCCCAGGGUGUAUCGAGGCUCUGUCCUGGCGCGCGUAGGUCCUUUUUCUGCAGAAUGAAGCGAAAAGUGGAGAGUGUUCGUUGCGGUGAAUUGCAAGUGAAAGAGGAAGCUGACACCACCAGCGGUUGUCAUCGACGAAAAAAGCAGCAAAACAUCGAUUGGAAGUACUGUGUAAUCCAGUGCACCGGUUAUCUAAAAUCUUGGGCACCUGCGAAAAUUGAGUUGGAGGAACCAGAAGGUGACGGCGAUGGAGAUGCCUGCAAUUUGUCGUGUUUGGUGGCAGUUGGCCGGUUGCAGUCCACGAUACCUACAACUCUACCGAAGAAGCCACGAUUGAGACCUAUUAAAUUUGUUUCACGGCACGCAAUGGAUGGAAAAUUUCUUUUCGUUGAUCAAAGGGCAACGUUAGUGUUAGGUUUCCUACCGCAAGAGCUCCUCAGUACUAGCAUGUACGAAUACUAUCACCAUGACGAUAUUCCACAUCUCGCGGAAUCUCAUAAAGCUGCUCUUCAGGCCUCAGAAUGCGUCACCACGCAGAUAUACAAGUUUAGGACAAAAGGUGCUAGCUUCGUGAAGCUUCAAUCCGAAUGGAAAUCUUUCCGGAAUCCAUGGACCAAAGACAUCGAAUACCUAAUAGCAAAGAAUUCUGUAACUUCCUAUGAUUCUCGUUCGACCACAAACAGCGGAAGUAGGUCCGAAGACUCGAGUGUUCAGGCAAACUACGACUAUUUCACGCAAAGUAAUGGUGGAUUAGAAAGAUUGAUCUCAAGCCACAUAGAGGUAAGUAAAAUCGGGCGACAAAUAGCGGAAGAAGUUCUGGAUCUCCAAAGACGCGGUGAAGAUUCUUCUUCUGGUAGCAGUCCUGGACCAGGACCAGAAGCUGCUUUGAUAAACACCGAGUCACAAAUCACCACAACGGCGUCGCCCGAGAGAGUCCAGGACGUGGUGCAGGUGACGAGAGGAAACAGCAACAGCAGUAGCAAUCCAACCCCAACGUACAACCACAUAGCAAGCAACCUCCAGCUGAACAGCAUCGCGAACGACCAAGGAACCUCACCGGAUGAAGACAUGAUGGAGAUAAUUGGUGGCCCGACCAUCAAUGAAUCGCCGAAUCCUGUGUCGUCCGAUGGUAACGACGAGGCAGCGAUGGCAGUGAUAAUGAGCCUCCUGGAGGCAGACGCAGGCUUGGGUGGUCCCGUGGACUUUUCCGGUUUGCCCUGGCCGCUUCCAUAG